AUGUGCACUGCCUUUGUUAUUGAUGAUUUGGAUGUGGCUAGUUUUGAAGUUCCUUUUCCUCCUGAUCCAUCAGUAGAAGACUUUAAACCAAAAGAAAAUGGUGAGAUGCCGACCAAGCGUAACAAAUUUUUUAUAUACCGCUCUUACGUAAAUAAAAUGUUGAAGAGUAGAGGUAUCAAAUUGAAGGGUGGCGGUCAAAAGCUUACAAAAAAGCUUUGGAAUGCUCAGCUAUUAGAAUCACAAGGAGUUAACCAACAAAUUUUGCGAUAA